AUGUCACUUGAUGCAAUCUUAAAAUGUGACUUUUCUGAGGUUGACAGACCUUCCGAACUGAUACGAAAUGCUGUAUUUUGCAUACCUUGGAGCCUGGGUAUUGUUGUUAUCGGGUCGCAGAAGAGAUUGCUUAUUUAUCAAGGAUUAUCUGGGAGUCGUGACAAGUUUGUUCUGACUACCAAUCUGAACUGUUCAAGUUAUAUCACAGCAAUUAAUUAUCUGAAUUUCUCUUCAAAUACCAGUGAUGCUAAACGUGGUUGGAGUGUUAUCGUCGUUGGACUUGCAGACGGUAAAUUACUUUUUUUAGAUGAGGCUGGUAGAAUUCUUUUGGGCAUCAAAGAUGGACUUGGUUCUGUGACCUCCUUGCAAAUCACUUCAUGUGGUGAGAAUUUGUGUGUAUUAUGCAAGAACACAAUUACUUGUCUAAACCUCAGCGACCUGGAAGGUGUUCUGCUAAAUAGUUGUGCAUAUUUAUCUGAACCUUCUCACCAAUUGUAUAAUAACUUCAGCGUUGAAUAUACUAGGAAAAUUCGUUAUCGAAAUUUGGCCAUUCCUACUGAUGGUGAAAAACAUCACUUUUCAUCUCUGACCAAAUACCAAAUUGGAACAUUUGAUUCAUUAGUAAAAAAGUUUGCUUUUGAAUCACACUGUCGUGAAAAAAAGAUUGGUGUACCAUUAAAGCAAACUAGGUGGACAAUGGUUGGCUCGAAUCCUUUCAUAAGCUUCAGCUUCUUGAAUGAGAAUACGGAUCCUGGAGCCUCCCAUUUCGCAUCUUUUAUUUACCAAGAGGCCAAACGUGCCAUGUUUGGGUUGAAACACAAUUAUUCAGAAUCCUUAGUUGUAACCUGGCCAGGAAGUGAAAAUGAUCUCACGUAUCCUGUUGUUCAGUGCAAUUCUCUUCCUCAUAUUUCUUUAAGUUUGUCUCAUGGAUUAGCUGACAGCCGUCGUAGUAUAUUGUCUUCUGGCAUUGGUAUAUCAUCCGACCACCACUGGAUGGCUGUUCCUGAUAGUCUUGGAAGAGUGCUUCUUAUAGAUACAUAUAAAGAACGUGUUGUUCGUAUGUGGAAAGGAUAUAGAGAUGCUGAAGUUGCUUUUCUUGAAGUUACUGAUUCAGAGAUUCUUUAUGUCAGCAGCAAUAACCAACCUAAUAAUGCAGUUAGAAAGACACUCUGUUUACUUAUUCAUGCUCCACAUCUUCAUCUAUUGGAGUUGUGGUGUUUAGUUCACGGUCCUAGAGUCGUUUCCUGGGAUGUGGUAGAACCAGUUCGCCUUAUUCAAACGGAAUGUCAUGCAUACAGUUGUGUACCUGAGUCAAACGAAUCGAAGUCUAAAUUUAACCAAGUAGUCCUGAUAGAUGGUUCUGGUUGCGUUUAUUCUAUCAGUUUGAAUUCUAGUUUAUGUUUAUCAGAAAAUAAUACGGAGGCUGCAGUAGAUUAUCGAGAAUAUAAAAUACUUCAAAGAGUCUAUGAAACUUUGGAACAAUAUGAUAACAACUUAACACUAGAUCAGUUCUCGACUGGGCUAUCUGAUCUUCUGAUUCAAUUUGAAACUAUGCAGUGCGCUGAAUGGGAUAUUUUAUAUGCUGUCACUGAAGCUGCAACUGAUAGCGCCACAGUACUCCAGGAAUCAACUGUUACCAAUGGUGAAACAGUUAAUCGUGAUACUCAUCAGAUCAGUUCGUCGGGUAAUGCCGGUUCGAAUUCAUGGGAUAUACAAGGUCUAAACAUCACGACCUAUAGUUCAGCUAAUAGAAAUAGACAAAGCGAUGACGAGAUCAACGUGCAAGAAAACCCACCAAAUCUAUCUAAUGAUUCUGGGUCGGAUGAUGAAGAUCGUUCCUCUCCGAAUUCCUUACUUUGGUUUUUCCGUAAAGGUUUUAAGCCGCUGAGAUUACAAUCCCAACGUCCUUCUCCAACUGCUCCUGUUCACACUAUAUCCUUGUCUCCGUGCCUUCCAUUUACAUUGCGUCUUCAGUUGAAUCGUUUACAGCUGGGAUCUGUUUUCGACAAAAGCUUCACUAUGCUUGAAACAAUUUUGUGUUCUAUCUUAGCCGCUUUGGUCAGUAUUGUCGGUUACUAUACUUUGCGCACAUUAAGCUUUCAAGAUUAUGGACCUUUGGCGUGUUUUACAAUAGCAGGUUGUCAUUAUUCACUAAUCAAAAGUGUUCAACCAGAUCCAGCUUCACCUAGACAUGGAUAUAAUCGUGUCAUUGUAUUCACGCGUUCCGUCUUCUUUUGUUUCCUUGCUUCAAUCUAUCUAUUAUCCAACUAUCUAUGUCAAUCACCAAAAUCAGUACUAACAACGACAACAGCAACAGCAGGCCAGAGAUCCAGUUUAGAGCAUACUGGUGAACUUCGCUUUGAAUCGACUAUAUCAUUCCAGUCAGCAUCACAAAUGUUACCAUCGAGUGUUAGUGAAACAAGUGAAUUUUCAGUGGAGAAAAUGAUUUGGCGAAUGCCUAAUAUUUAUAUAUCAUCACAAAGUACAAAAACAUCAGAUUCUGCUACAAUUAAAUUUUAUGGAAUUGAUUUAUCAGUCAAGCGAUUUUCUUAUGUAGUUCAAUGUGCAUCUGCUUAUGUGAUUCUUAUCUUCCCGAUAUUAUUUUGUUGUGGUCUAAUGCCUCAGAUAAACACAGUUCUCAUUUAUGCCUUAGAACAAUUGGAUAUUCAUAUUUUUGGUGCAAGUGGUACUACUGGACUUUUCUCAGUCACAUUCUCAAUCCUACGAACGUUUAUAGUGAUAGGAAUAACUUUUAUUCCGUGUCAUUAUGCAGUACAACAAACAAGUCCUGAGUCUAUCGUCUUCUCUGUAUUCUGGGGUGCAGAGAUAGCUCUAUGCUUUCUUCUGAGUCGUCUACCAUCGAAUAUAAUGCUGUAUGGAACUCUUCUACCUUCAGCUGAUCGUCGUGUUUACUACUUGAAUCGUAUUCGUAUUUGUUUCUACAAUGUUUGGUAUACACUGACUACACGGCCGAAUUUAUUAAGUCGUACACGACGACGUUGGUCAAAGAAAAAGAAAUCUCAAGUAGCUCCAAUUGAUAAACAGCCUAUAUGGUGGAGGAGGCUGCCUCUAUUAUUCCCUAAUCUUAAUAUGAAAUCUGCAAAUGCAAUGAUUAGGCAUAAAGAUGAUAGUAAUGCUGCUGAAGAAUUUUUACUUACUCGUUUAACACAUGCUACAGGAGUUGUAGAUGUUGAAAGUGGAUUACCAGUUCACAGUCAUAGUCUGCCAUCUCGCAUGAUCAGUCGUGAUUGCAUAACUCAAUCUAGUUCUACACCCACUAUCAAAUACAGCUUACCUCAUAUUGAUUCAAAUGUUAAACAGCUUGAGACCACCACUACAACUGGCCUAUCCACUUGGAUUAGUUCUAAAGAGAGUGAAAAUGAUGACAGGAAGAAAUCAACAACACUGGACAAUUGUGACAGUCGGCCUACUAAUAAUACCUUACCGUCUGUAGUUUGUCAAAGCACACUAGUUAAUUCUGACUCUGGAAGUAUUCCACCAGCAGGCAGAGAUAAUUCUAGAGUGAAUACUCAACAAGAUCAAACGACAAGUUCAUUAUUAUCAGAUCAGCAUUUGAUACAAUCGCAUUUACAAAAUGGUGAUCCUUUACCAAAUUUGAUUAGAGCAUCAUUGAUAGCUCGUUUUGAAAAUGAUAUACUAUCAUCUAUUGCCUGGUUUGUAUUAGCAUUUCUUGUUCACUUUACAAGUUGCUUUGGUUAUACUUACUCUCAAUCAUAUCAAUAUCGUAUUUUAAUCUGGAUUAGUGUUGUAUUGGGUUUCCUGCUACACUAUAUUUGGCCUAAUUUUCGUAAGCCGUAUCCAUGGUUAUUGCUUGUGAAGCCCAUUAUCAAGCCUGAUAAUCAAGGAAAAUUACUACAUUGGGAAAUUGCUUAUUUCUGGUUAUGUUGGUUGGAAAGAAAUCUGUUUCUACCUGCUAUCACUAUGUUCUCUGUAACUUAUUCGUUUACUUCAUUAAUCAGUAAAUUUGGACCUCUAAUGUCUACAUUCAUAAUUAUUGUAACAAGUAUGAAAAUGUUAAGAAAUGGAUUUUGUUGUGCAAAACAAACUUAUUUAAGUUUGUUUCUUACAGAUUUAUUGUUUUCUUACGAUUUCUACAAUAUCAAAGAAGCAUUCCCUAUUAACUACUUCUUUGUAUCAAUUCUUGUCAGUAAAUUUAUUGAACUAUUUCGAAAACUGCAUUUCAUCUACGUGUAUUUGGCUCCAUUCAAUAUAAUUUGGGGUUCUGUGGCGCAUGCAGUUGUUCAACUUGGCUCAAUUCCUCACUCCGUAUUUAUGUUCGCCAAUUGCAUUUUCUCCACUGUAUUAUCUGCACCAUUGGAACCGUUGAUGGCUAGUGCAAUUUUUAUCACGUCGUAUGUGAGACCGAUUAGUUUUUGGGAGACAAAUCAUCGUACACAACGUAUAGAGACAACUAAUAUGCCGAUAGCAGCACAAUUAAAAGGCAUAUCAAAGCAUCAAGUAUCCGGUAAUCUAGACGGUAUAUUCUAUGAGCAUUUAACACGGAAACUACAAAGAAUAUUAGCCGGUGAUUUACAAUUAGGACGUCUUGGUGGAUUAUCCAUAAAUCAUGGUGAUGUAUUCAUUCUUUCAACGGAUGACUUAAAUUUACUUAUUCAUAUUAUUGAAGUUGGAAAUGGAUUUGUCACUUAUCAACUACGUGGUCUUGAAUUUAUCGGAACUUUAUGUCAUGCUAGUGAAUCAGAAACUCUACGCUCUGAUCCGCAUAAAAAUAAACGUUUCUGUUGUUGUCAUUCGAAACCGCCUCGUGGGAUAUUGAGUUUUAAUGCUGCUGUCCGCUUACGUUGUAUGGCUUGGCAGUUCGCGUAUUCUCCCUACAUUAUUGAAGGAUAUGAAGUUACUGAUCAUAGUGCUGGAUUUACUUUCCAAUUGACAGAUCUGAGGAAAGUGCUGAUCAGUCGCUUUGUUCACUGUGUUAUUUACUUUGUCUGUAAACUACCCAAUCUGUCUAAUCGUUUGACACAAUUAUCUCCAUGCCUUGAGGCAAACAGAUUUUCAUCACCAGAUUAUUUUGAUUUGGAUCCAGUAUUUUUUAAAAUGAUCGAUGAUGAUUUUGAUGAAGAUGUGAAUGGUGUUACUAGGCAACGUUUUGUUCAUAUCUAUUCUGAUUGGAUUGCAUACUGCUUAAAGAAGAAUAGUGAAAAUUCAUCUGUACCAUGUGGUCCGGAUUCUCCAGUUGUAUCGUUAUGCUUAGCAUUAAGCCUUUUGGGUAGACGAUGUAUGGGAGGUCAUCAAUCCUCAAAACAUAUACUCGAUCAAUUUUUACAUGGAGUUCAUCAAGUAUUCUCUGGAGAUAUUAAUUUAGCCCCAAGAGAUGAUUGGGUUCUAACUGAUCUAGAUCUUCUUCAAACUGUUGUUACUCCAAGUGUACGUAUUGCAUUAAAACUCUAUCAAGACACUUUUACAUGGUCUUCAGGAAAUGCACAUCAUGAAUUGUACAGAAAAAUUGUAUAUACAGAGAGAAAUGUUGUAAUUUGUCAAGAAACAGAUCCAAAAUGGAGAUUCGCUGUACUAAAUGAUGCAGAUUGUUUAUUCUCAUUUCGUUGGGUAUCUGGUCGCACAUCAAUGGAUGUUUAUCGUAUUGUACAGUUAACUAAGAGAAGAUUAGAAUUUAGAGCUAUAAAAUUGAAUCCUGAAUGUGUUCGUGGUCUGUGGGCUGGUCAACAACGUGAACAGAUAUUUUUACGAAAUAAUAAUGAAGAACGUGGAAGUAUACAAAGUGCUAAUCCAGUUCUACGUAAUUUAGUUAAUUCUAGCUGUGAUCCGCCUAUUGGUUAUCCAAUAUAUGUUAGUCCAUUAAUUACCAGUUUUGCUGGUGAUAAUGAAGAUUAUAUACGUGUAUGUGGAGGUGAAUUAUCACUUGUUGGCAUUCUUCUGCGUAUACGGGAUUGUUGGUCACGUUUUCUUCGUCUAUACUGUUGUACUACAGGUGAUGAAUCAAGCGGAGAUAAAGUUGGGUCCAACGUCAACGUAUCAUCAUCUAUGCAUAAUACAGAACAACAGCAACAACAACAACAUACAAAAUUUGGUUUUCCUACUAUCGGUUGGGUUGGAACAUCUUCAAAGUUAACAGUACCUAGUUAUCCAUCAACUAGUACAAGUAAAUAUUCAUCUAGACAUUCAGAUGGCAAUCGACAAACUACACUAAUUGCUUUGAUUCAUCAACAAAAUGAUAUAGACAAUAUGACUGGUGCAGCAGGUACAUCUUCAACAAGUACACUUCGUGAUGGACGUAAUAUUGAAUCAUUUUGUUUAGAGCAAAUGAUAUCUAGGAAACGUCAAAAAGUUAAAAUUAUCGAUACUAGUCAAAUAUUAAAUGAACACUUGAAUAAAUUAUCUUGGCCUUGCAAAGAAUGGUGUAUCCAAAGUUUAACAUAUGCUGCAUGUCGUUCAUCUGUUUUUCCCGGUUUAGAGGCUAUUCGUGUUCAUCGAUGGACUCCAAAUAAUCUUGAUGCAAAUUCACGAUCAUUUUGUCAUCGUAAUAUUGCAUUAUUAGCCUUUCCUGAAGGUCCACCAUUACUAGAUGGACAUUAUAUAGCUAUAUGGGAAGAUAAAGGCCUAGUAGAAGUCAAUGAUGAAGACAACGAUGAUCCUCUCAGUACUAUUACAAACAAUAAUACUAGUAGUAAUAAUAAUAAUAACAAUAGUAAUAAUAAUGAUAGUCAAUUCAUUAUGGAUUACUUCCUCAACAAUAGAAGCUCACUUACAAUGAAAUAACAGUGAUGAUGAGUUGAGUUCAUUUCCUUGAUUUUUUUUUCAAACCUAGGAAAUAAUUCUAUCACCACACCACACCACACCACCCCCUCACACUCCUCCCCCUUAAACACAUCUGUUCAGUGUAAUGUUCAGGUUUUGUAUAGAAAAGAAACACAUGCCAAUCACAUUCACACACACACACACACUUCACUUUUCGUUUUGUAUACCAUCAUCUUAUCUCAUCUAAUGUUCAUAAUUCAUAAUGAUUAGAUUAUUGUAAUCAUAUAAAUAUAUAAAAAACAAAAUAUUCGUAAAGAGUACACAUAGAUAUAAUUCACCUUUCUACAUUCUAACGACAAUUACUGUUAUUAUUAUUAUUACCACUAUUACAUUUUAGUAUGUUUGUAUAUAAAAUAGAUAUGUACAUUGUUUGUGUAAAUAUAUACUUAUGUAUACUUAGAGUUCGAAGUAAUCACCUCUUCUGUGUAAAAUCCCUUUAUGCGGUAAGUAAGUUCUUGUAAUGAUGCAAAGAUAGGCUGUGAAUUACUUCAAUUUACUUCGACAAUACUUUUCCCUUUUUUUCUAUAUUCAGUUAUUAUUAUUAUUUUUAUUGUUCCCUUUUAUUUUCUAUCUUCACACCUCUCUGUUACACUUCCUUUGUGAGUAGUAAUCAAUCAAGGUAGUAGUAGUAGUAUGGAUGUAUGGUUGUUCUUAUAUGCUCUUUUCCAUGUAUCAAUUCUGUUUUAUUCCUAUCUUCCUCUAGUUUGUACUUUCUCUACCUUUAGUAUUUUCUGCACACUUCCUGAUCUCGACUGUAUUCUCUUUUUUGAAUCUAUCCGCAUUUGUUCAACAAAGAUAUAUAUACAUAUAAUUCGGGUUUUAUUGAGUUAUAUGUUGUUGUUUAUUUCUUUGUCUUCCUUCCUUCAUCGAUUUCACUUUUCACUUAGUCAUAUUCUCGUCUGUGGAGUCCGUAUGCAUAGGCGUUUGUGUGGAAAAGGCGUUGCAGCUCUACGCUUAUUUCAGCUAUCCUUUAAGACACUAGGGUAGAGUAACUCCUUCUUCUUCAGCUUUCUUCAUACUACUACUACUACUGUUAUUUUAUUUCAUGAGUAGAGAUUUCUCGAAUAACUGAUAGUUUGGGUAGGAAAGCUGAAAAGUCAAUGGUAUACAUAUAUGUUUCUUUUCUUCCCUAUCAUUCAUCAUCAUUAUUUUUCGAUUGUAU